CUAACUUCAGGCCAGAUGUAGCUGUUGCUGCUUAUCCAUAAUUUGAGAAUUUGGUAGUUUUAAAACGCCAUGGAAGACCCUUUAAAGCCGAAGCCAGUGCCGCUGGCUGCUGAGACAGUGCUAUGGUUUGAGUUUCUGCUUGAUCCGCACAAAAUAACACAACACCUGCAAAGCAAACACCCUGAACCCAGCGCCGUAGAGCUUAUCAUGCAGUUUAUUAGCAUGACGCCGGAAACAGUAGUACCAUCCACUGUUGUAACGCCUGGCAGCGAUUUGCAGAACUUACCGAAUUCCGGAAUGGGCGCCAAUGUUACUACAUCCACUACCUCAGCAUCACUAAGUGUGCCGCCCACAACACAACUGCAGCAGCGACAGCCAGAGCUUGGUUUGCAGCUCACGCGAAAACAAUUGGCAUUAAAGAUCCUGGAAUUGAAAGUGGCCACUUGGCUGCGAUGGGAUUUGGAUUUGCUGGAAAAGAAUCUGCCUGUGAUUAUGCAGCUGGGACUUUUGCGCGAUUUGUGCAUUAUAAGCUAUGGACGUGCAGUUAGCAUACCACUACCCAGCGAUUUUGAUAUGAAGAUUUCAAAAACCGGCAAUGAGUGUGCGGCACGCUUUGCACUUACCAUUUAUCAUCGCAUGCAGCUGCGAUUGCAGCUCAUCAAGGACAGUACGCUCAAGACACAGCGACCGCUCAUUUACCAAGCUGUAGAUCAGCUGCAACAGUUUCUGGACACACCCACGCAGCCUUCCAUUGAAUAUUUGGAAUAUCUCUGCGCAACAGCUACCACGAGAACCUUUCAUGUAUUCCAUUACGAUAGUUUUGUUACGCUGCAAUGCGAUAAUUUGAGUUCCUCUCAAAACUACGAUCUGAUGCAUCUCAUAAGUCCGCAAGAGUUGCGUGCACAGCUGCACUAUGAACUGGCCCACUACUAUCUCUAUACCAAACAGUAUGUGCUAGCACGAGAAAACGCCGCCGCAAGCAGCAGCAACUAUCAAUCCUUGCCCGCCGGCGUCACCCAUAACUUCUGUCACAUAAGACCCAUUGAGCUGGAGGGAUUACUGCAGGCUUGUGGCAUUAGUGCACAACCGCAAACGCUGCUGGAGCGAUUUCAUAUAUCGCUGCUGAACAGCUAUGCAGACAUUGUUCCCAUACUACAACUCGAUAAUAUUGCACGUGAAAUACCUUUGGUAAGCAGACGCAAUGUGGAGCUGGACAUUGAGGGCACCAUUUCGACGGGAUUACUCAAGGAGCCGCGGCAGCUGCUGUUGCAGGUUGCCGCCUUGAAUGUGGUGCGCUCUAUCUUUGAGUGGGGCAACAUUUUCAGCAGCGUGGAGUAUUUUGAAAAGUAUCGUGACCUGGAUUAUAUGACGCCCAUAAUGGAUGCUAUGCAAAACGCGCUGCCGCAGUGCAGACCCAAAGAACGCACAGCAUUUAAACACUUUCUUAUAGACUGUGUGCUUUCCCAGCAACUGCAGCAGCAACAACAACUGGAGCAAUCACGACAGCUGCUGCAAACCUUGAGUGGCAUGUGCCUAUUCACCGCGCAAGAGCUGCAAGAUCUGGAGGGACAACUGCAGCAAACCGCGCUGCCUGUGCUUAACAAUUCGCUGGCCACGCUCAACGAUUGGAUUUGCAACUCCAAAAUGACGCUCGUGGAUGUGGCCAGCUUGGAACGUCAGUUGAUCUCUUGCAGCAGCGCUAACACCGUGCGCAUAUUGUUAGUCAAGCUCUGCAGCAAAGCGCCCGGUAAACCGUUGUGGGCCAUUAAUCCUAGCUGGGAUGUGCCGCAGCCGCUAAAAUCUUUAAUCAUGGCCAUGCCAGUGAGCUUUCUGCAAGACUUUAGCUAUGUUCUGUUGGGCAAGGCACGUGAGCUGGCCAUGCGUGGCAACUACAUUGAUGCCGUAUCCAUGCUAAGUGUGCUCAAGUCGGAAACGAAGCGUCAGGAGCUGGGAGGCAAUGCGCAAUUAAUGUCCAAGCUGAUUACCUGGGAGAUUCUGCAUAUACAAAUUACACAAAGUCUGGAGGAGUGGCAUCAAAAGCCAUUGGAUCUGCAAGCCUUAGGCACACGUUGUAAGCAAUGCUUGGCUGCACUUCAGGCGGGUGACUCCAUGGUGCCACGGCUGGACAUACAAGAGAACUGCGCCAUUAUGCUGCUUAAUCUGACAGACUUUCCCGCGCUGCUUUAUUUGGAUAAGCGUACGCCACAGCUGGAGCUGCCGUUUGCCUUUGCAGCCACUUUUAUUGAAAUGGAAAAGCUCAAGGGACCCAAGAAGGUAUGUCGCGAUGCCUGGGAGCUGAUAGUUAGCAUGUUCCUCAAUGUGCCCAAGCGUGCGUCUGCCACAGGCACUGGGAACGCUGCUAUCAGCUCACUGUUGGCUUUCUUGCAACGUCUGCGACAUCAAAGCGUCUUUGGACUAGCCAUCUCCAUGCUGGGCAAGAUGCAUAAUAUACUUAAAGACGAUCCCAACCAUGAUUUGAUCUGCGAGUACAUGCAGCUCUGGCCUACCAGCGUAAACAACCCCAAUAGCUACAGUCUGCGUAGCGUCUGCGAAACGCUGCAAUGGCUGCUAUCGGAAGCACUCAGCUACUAUCCGCAGACCAUUUCGUGGCUGAAGAUGAAAGGCGACUUGGAGCUGGCCAGCGGCAACAAUGAGUCGGCAAUGCGUUGCUAUGUCAAUGCUCUGGUCACCGGCACCGACUACUGCACCAUGCCGCUGCAGCGUAAUGUGGCCGAUGAUUAUGUUAUAAGGAAAAUGAUACGCUGUGCCGCCAAUUUGGGAUGCCACAUGCAGGCUACGGUGCUAUGCCAGUUUCUCGAUGAGAUCGACUAUAGCAUUGUCUUUAAGAAUCUCAGCGAGAAAUCUUCCAACUUUACAGAUGCCAUGGAUGCCUAUUAUAGCUGUAUUUGGGAUACAACGCUGCUUGAGUUUAUUGUCAAUCUGCAUGCAAAGCGUGGCGAGCACAGCCGUAAAUUGGAAGCGAUAUCUAUGAUGGGCACCUUGGAGCUGAAUGCCAACAAUAAUGAGGAGAUCAAGCGAGAGAGCGCCAUGGUGCGCAAGUCGCGCUUUCUACGCGCUCUUGCCAAGCAGUAUUUACUGUAGUCGCUGGCGGGGCCAACAAC